CUGCAUUAAACAAACAAAUAAUGUGAGAAACCUUAAGUCUAACCUCUCUUCGCAAUUCGCUAGACGUUUCCCUCGCUCACUCGGUUGCUCGGUCUUGUCGAAUCGGCUCAACACUCCAUAGUCCAAAUGCUCUUUCGUCAUUCAACAAAGCUGACUAAACUCCUCCUUCCGGCCAGCAGCAGACCCCAAACCCUCCCUCCCCCCUCCUCCUUCUCUACUCAACCCCUAAAACCCUAACCACCACCAACGAUGCACCUCCAAACGACGCCGUAUCCUCCACUACCAAGGACGACUACUUCGCCGCCAUCCACCACCUUACGAACAUCGUCCGCCGUGACUUCUACCUGGAGCGAACCCUCAACAAGCUCCAACUCCGCGUCACCUCCGAGCUCGUAUUCCGCGUCCUCCGCGCCUGCUCCUCCUCCCCCUCUGAGUCCCAUCGCUUCUUCAACUGGGCUCGGACCCAGCCCAACUAUCGCCCUACCACCAUCGAGUUCGAGGAGCUCGUCAAAACCCUAGCCUGCUCCCGGAAUUACCAGACCAUGUGGAAGCUCCUCCAUCAGAUGAUUUCUCUCUCCCUCUGCCCCUCCCCCGAAACAGUGUCGUUCCUGAUCGAACAGUACGGCAAGCAUGGCCUCGUAGACCAAGCCGUCGAGAUCUUCAACAAGUCUGGAAAAUCCCUGAAUUGCCCCCAUACCCUCGAGAUCUACAACUCCCUCCUCUUCUCCCUCUGCGAAGCCAAGCUCUUCCACGGCGCCUACGCCUUGAUCCGCCGCAUGAUCCGCAAGGGGCUCGUCCCCAACAAGCGCACAUACGCCAUCCUCGUGAACGCGUGGUGCUCGGCCGGUAAAAUGAAAGAGGCACUCGAGUUCCUCGCCGAGAUGAGCCGGAAGGGUUUCAAUCCCCCAGUGCGCGGCCGCGACCUCCUGAUCGAGGGCCUGUUAAACGCAGGAUAUCUCGAGUCGGCGAAGGAUAUGGUGACGAAAAUGGCGAAGCAAGGCUUCGUGCCCGACGUCGUAACCUUUAACUCCCUAAUCGAGUCGAUAUGCAAGUCCGGUGAGGUCGACUUCUGCAUUACUCUUUACAAUGAAGUGUGUAGAUUAGGGCUUUCGCCGGAUAUCAAUACAUAUAAGAUUCUGAUACCGGCAGUAUCGAAGGUGGGGAAGGUGGACGAGGCCUUUAGGCUAUUGAAUGAUUCAGUUGAGGACGGGCAUAGACCGUUCCCGAGCUUGUAUGCGCCGGUGAUUAAGGCGAUGUGUAGGAGAGGACAGUUCGACGAUGCCUUCUGCUUCUUUAGUGAUAUGAAGGCAAAGGGGCACCCACCAAAUAGGCCAGUGUAUACCAUGUUGAUAACGAUGUGUGGGAGGGGAGGGAAGUUUGUGGAGGCUGCUAAUUAUUUGGUGGAGAUGACGGAGUUCGGUUUGAUGCCCAUAUCCCGGUGUUUCGAUAUGGUUACUGAUGGGUUGAAGAAUUGCGGGAAGCAUGAUCUGGCUCAGAAGAUUGAGCAGUUAGAAGUUAAUAUCCGGGGCAUUUGAUGCGUAACACUCUUGAUAUAACUGUUAGUAGCAUGAUGUCGCUGAUACGGAGCAGUUUCAAGUAUCUUGUUGGAGUAUUUAUGAAAUACAUCGAAGGCUGCAAUUCAUUCUGGAAGUCACCAUAUACCUAGUUGAGGCUGAGACGAGGAUGCCUUUAGUAUGGAAGGGUACGUAUCCGAAAAUUUAAAAACUGUUCUGAUUUUACGAUCUAUUGAUUGGUUCUUUUAUCUUGGUUUUGACAAUAGUUUGUGAUGUCACGAUAAUACCGGAAAGUUUACAAAACCAUGCCCAUUUUAUGAUCUAUUGAUUGAUUCUUUAUA